AUGUUUCUCUUCUUUUUCGUCUUUCUUUUCCUUUUUCUUCUUCGUUUCUUUUUUGGCCGCUUUGCUCUCUUCUUUUUUUAUAUUUUCUUUAAUGAUUUGAUUCUUUGUCUACCUUCUCACAUUUCUUUUCCUUUCUUUUUUUUCGACUUUUCCUCCAUUUUUUCCCAUCCAUUUUUCAUCUUUUCCGUUUUUCUUUUUCUUUUUUCUCUUUCAACUUCUUUCAUUUUUAUCUUUCUAGCUUUUCUUCCCAUUUUGUUCUUUCUAACUUUUCAGUUACCUUUUCCUUUUUCUUCUUCACCUUUUUUUCUUGUUUUUUUUUAUUAUUAUUUUAUUUUUCUUUACUUUUCACUUCGUUCUUCUUUCCAUUUUGAUUUUUUUCAUUUCCUUCUCUGUUUUGAUUUCUUACUUUCUGUUCCAUUUUCUUUUUUCUUCUUCAUUUUUCUCUUCGUCUUUUUUCACCUUUCUUUUCUAUCAUUCUUCUUCUUUUGCUAUUUUAAAUUUUUCUCUUUUUUGUCUUCAUUCAAAUAUUUCCUCUCUUUCCUUCACUAUCAUCCCUUAAUCUUUCUUCUUCUUCUUCUUCUCCUUCUUUUCCUCCACCACCAUCCCCACCACACCUCCUCCUCCUCUUCCUCCUCCUCCUCCUGGUCUGAAGAAAUAAUAGGAUAUUACCUCUCUUUCGUUUACCUUCUUCUUCUUCUUCUUCUUCUUCUUCUUCUUCUUCUUCUUUGUUUCUUAUCUUUUCUUCCUGUUUUCUUUCUUUCACAUUUCUUGGAUUCUUUACUUUUUUUUCUCUCAUAUUCCUUUCUUUUUUUUUCUUUUUUUUUUUUAGGAGAGUGCCUCUUUCAUUCACAUUCUUUCUUUCUUCUCCAUUCCUAUCUUAAUAAUUUUACUUUUCUUUUUUAUGCCCCUGCAUCAUUUUCUUUCUUUCUUCCUUUUUCCUUUCCUUUAGUUAUUUUAUUUAUUAUUUUUAUUCUGUUGAAUCAUUUCUUUCUUUCUUCCUUUCUUUCUUACUUCUUUCUUUCUUUCUUUUUCAUUCGUUCCUUAUUUAUUUUUCCUUUUCUUUUUUAUUCUCCUAUAUCAAUUUCUCUCUUCCUUCCUUUUUCCCAUUCUAUUAGCCAUUUUAUGCUUUUCUUUCUUUAUUCUCCUGAAUCAUUUCUUUCUUUCUUUCUUUCUUUCUUUCUUUCUUUCUUUUUCAUUCGUUCCUUAGUUAUUUUUCCUUUUCUUUUUUAUUCUCCUACAUCAUUUUCUUUCUUCCUUCCUUUUUCCCAUUCCAUUAGCCAUUUUAUUCUUUUCUUUUUUAUUCUCCUGAAUCAUUUCUUUCUUUCUUUCUUUCUUUUCCAUUCGUUCCUUAGUUAUAUUUUCUUUUUUAUUCUCCUAUAUUAUUUUCUUUCUUUCAUUAUUUGUUUAUUUUUCCAUUCGUACAUUAGACAUUUUUCCUUUUGUUUUUAUUCUCCUCCAUCAUUUUCUUCCUUUCUUUCUCUUCUACCUUUUAUAUUUUAUAUUUGCCAUCAUAUAUUUCCUACUCGCCGUCAGUAA